AGCCGCCUCGCUCACGGGCGGGGCGGACGCCGGGAAGGCAGCGUUGACCAGUCAUGUGGCCUGUGAUGCCCUGCCUUCUUAGUGCUUUCCCUUCCUGCCUCCCCUCGCACUCGCAGCCUGUGGGCCAGGCGGGACCUGCAGGCGGGGUACUCUCGGUCCUGGAGUCUAGGCGUUCUGGUGCUGAAGGUGUCAUAGGAAUGGAGCCAGCUUUGGUGGGCCACAACUUAGAAUGAAGAAAGAAGAGAAGUGUGCAAACAGGCUGGUUCAUCAUUUAGCGCCCGCGUAUACACUCAUCAGGACUAAGCACAUGGACUGGAAAUUGGAAGGGAGUACUCAGAAAACAGAGUCACCUGUGCUGCAGGGGCACGAAGGCAUCUUAGAGGACACAGGUGCAAAUGGAAUCUUGGAAAGCUUCCAGCUUCUGCAGAUUGAUGUGGAAUGCGAGUGCCAGGAGGGAGAGACCCUACCCACAGGAAACGCAGCAUGGUGCUCGAAAAAUGUCCGGAGAAAACAGAGACACUGGGAAAAGAUAAUUGCAGCAAAGAAGAGCAAAAGAAAGCAAGAAAAAGAAAGAAGAAAAGCCAAUCUUGCAGAAAAUCCAGGCAUCUGCCCUCAGCACAGCAAACGUUUUCUGAGAGCUUUAACCAAAGAGAAACUUUUGGAAGCCAAACACUCAGGACCAAGACUAUGUAUUGAUUUGAGUAUGACCCACCACAUGUCAAAGAAGGAAUUAAGUAGACUGGCUGGACAGAUCCGAAGGUUGUAUGGUUCUAACAAAAAAGCUGAAAGGCCAUUUUGGAUCUAUCUCACUGGAUUCACAACAGACAGUUCCCUGUAUGAAGAAUGUUUGAGGAUGAAUGAUGGAUUUUCUAGUUACCUGCUAGACAUAACAGAAGAAGACUGCUUUAGUUUAUUUCCUCUGGAAACCCUUGUGUACCUGACUCCUGACUCAGAACACGCUCUUGAAGAUGUUGAUCUAAACAAAGUUUACAUCCUUGGUGGACUUGUGGAUGAAAGCAUUCAGAAAAAGGUGACAUUUCAAAAGGCCCAGGAAUACUCUGUCAAGACAGCCCGCUUGCCAAUCCAGGAAUACAUGGUCAGACGCCAAAAUGGGAAAAACUAUCAUUCAAAGAUAUUGGCCAUCAAUCAAGUGUUUGAUAUCCUGUCCACUUACUUUGACACUCACAACUGGCCUGAAGCAUUGAAGAAAGGAGUUUCUUCAGGAAAAGGCUACGUUCUUCGGAAUUCAGUGGAAUAAUGGGCAGCCUAAGAUUGCAGUCACAGGAGUGAAGUGCUGGGGAUGCCUUGUCCAAAGAGCAGGGCAAGAAGGUGAGAGUGGCACACACUUGCCUUUACUUGACAUCUUGAAUCCUCAAUAAGCUACUAAUGACAGGGACCAUAUUUUAUGCUCUUUUGUAUCUCCCAUAGUGCCUGGCUCACGGGAAGUGCCCAGAUAAUAUGUUAAGUAAAAAGUUUACGUAACAAGGAAUUAGCCCCAAAACCACAUGGCUUUGUUAGUGUUAAUUCACGUUUUGUACAUCUAUGUCUUUGUGAAAGACCUACUCUUUGGAGAUUGUUUAACUAAUUAAAUAAUUAUUGUUAUAUCAGGAGUUUAAUUUUCACUGAACUGGCAUCAUUAAAUUGUAUGACUUUCUCCAGCCUCCUCUGAUCAUGCUAAUUUUUUCCCAACUCAGUAAUAUGCUAUACAUAAGCUUUGCAGAUCACCUGACCUGACCUAUCCCUACUUUGAGUCCCCAUAGCACUUUGUUCCCUCCUGUGGCUCUUGCCCUCUUCUCCCUUGCUCUGAGUAUGGGCAUGGAGGGCUUUUCUCUAAUGGUAGGAUACUAACAGGACAAUUUAUGUGAAUAUCUUUGUAUCCUCUGAGCCUCGUACAAACUAGAUUCUUCAUACAUAUUUAUAAUUAAUAGACCAAACUGUAAAGCAAAAAUACAGUAUUGCUAAGUCUAAUUUGAAAAUAGCCAUAAAAUGUUACAUUCUAACACAUGAGCACGGUUAGAUAACCUACCUUUUAUUAGACAAAUCUCAUUCCUUUUCUUGUGUCCUGGUUAGAUACACUUGCUUCAGUUACUCUUGCCAGUUUGGGUUAAUUAACUUGCUAGUUCAGCUGCUAGCAAAUUCAGAAAAUAUAUUCUGUAUCUCAAAAGAACCAAAAGGUUACAUCUCUGCUCUGUCCCUUCCCCUUCAUAAUUUAAUCCCUGGAGAAUUCUGAUUACCUGCUAGACUAUUAGUUUUUUGAGGUCUUUUUAGCCCACGUGGACUUCAUAGAACACAUAAUGCUCCUUGGGUCUUAGCAAAGUAUUAAAUGAGUUCUAUAAUCUCUUUUAUCCAAAGGGACUUUCUACGGAUAGGUGUCAGGGGAUCCGUAUCUCUCAUAGCCUCAAAGACGCCUAUGAGCCCAGAACCACUGACCUAGAUCAUCUACCAGUCUUCAUUUUUACCUCUAAAGGCACUGCUUAAUAUACUAAAUACCAUGGAAGAAUUUCCUUUUCUACUCCAUUGCAGAGCUCUCCCAUUUAUCCAAAACCUAAGCAGGGAGUAUUUUGUUUAGCUUCUAGGAAAUGAUUUUAGCAAAAUAAGAUUUGGCCAGAUUUAGAUUC